AUGAGUGAUAAAUUAUUAAUUAAUAUUUUCAUUAAUAUAUUUGUACUUACAUAUUUGAUUCAUUCACUUCAAGCUCAAUAUGUAAUAGAUCCAAACGCAAACAAUUUAACAACUUUAUGCGCGCAAUCUAUUUCAUCUGCAGCAGAUGACAAAUCUUUAAACAACUGCCUUCCAAUGAAGUCCUUGGAAUUAGGUUUACCAUCACUCCUCGAUAAAUCCUCAAAUGACCAAUCAAGAAAACUAAAUGUUCUCUCACAGUUCGUAAAAAAUACAUGCGCAUUAAAACCAUGUUCAAAUGACGUAAUCCAACAAACACUUCAAACGUUAAAAUCUCAAUGCUCUCAAGAACUUGAGUCAAAAAAUUUAAUAAUCACAACCAUCUUUGGGUUGUUUAGGUAUUAUAGUUUAGUUAGAGAUAUUAUAUGUUUAAGAGAUUCUGCGAACAAAUACAAUUCAUUCUGCGUUUUGGAGACUCUAGUAAAUACCGGUAGUGCUCUCAACAACACAUCUUCAACUCCCAACAAUGUCAAUAGACGUUCUCCAGAUAAUAUUGUUGCUAAACGUUGUGUACGAAAAACCAAUAGCGAUGACACGGACAUAAGGGACAUAAAUAGAUCAACCGUGAUCACUACUCAGAUUUCUUUUUCAAAAGUGUCAAACAUUCCUACGUCUACCGUACCGGAAAUCAUCGGAAAUUCGAAAACGAAAAGUAUCGCUGUAUCAACCGCUUUGGUCACAACCAGUAAUGCUAUUAGUUCAUUUACUCCUAUUCCGAUUCCACAAAGUACCUUCAGUGCUCCACAAAGUAUCUCCAAUACUACUUGUCCACCUGAUAU